AUGUCUAAAGCAAUAACACAGAAUCGAAACGAAUCAGAAUUGAACGGUAAACGAGACGAAAUUAGCAGAUCUACAGAAGAAUUAAACAGCAUAGAGGGAGAUCUAAACCUAACUGAAUCCGAAUUCAACCAGAACAAUUCGCUUGUUAAUCUCACGAAGCCAUCAAGUGAUAGCGAACUAAUUGAGAGCAGCAUUUUAAUGAUAGCCAAUGGCAAUUUGAAAUGGCAAAAAAAUUUCGAAGAGCUUCGUCUAGCUGUUGACCGACUACAACUACAAUCUAGUAAAGGGUGGACAAGCCCGGGAGGUUACUGUAAACUGUUCGAAAGCGGGGAAGUCUCGAUACGUUGGUAUUCGAAUAGUAAAACUUUGACGGUGAAGGGGGAAAAGGCCGACGAAAUAAAAGAAAAACUAUUAAAUUUCGACCGCAAAUUGAGCGGUGAAGUCAAAGUAUAUUCGGAGAGUCCAAAGGUUGCAAAUAUUUUGGAGUCAACAGAUAGAAAUUUGCAUUUCAGGUCACGAAACUGUAGCGUGAACAAUGAAAUGACUCGGACAAAUGGUCAAAGUUACUCAACCAACACAAACGACGCAAACUACAAUAAAUCCACAGAAUUUUACGAAAUAAACUCUAAGUUGGAAAAUUAUUCACAAAAUGUUACUAGAAAGCUAGAUGCUCUAGCGGAAGAAAUUUCAACGAUAAAGGAGAAUAAAGAAAAUGCUGCUUACGGUAUACUGAUACUUGAAGAAACUGUUAAUGACCUUAAGAAGGAAAAGUAUGAACUUAACAGAGAGAAUGAGGACUUAAGGAGGCUCCCUACAGUUGCGUGCGGGAUGUUCGCGGGACCAGUACGUGAACUAUCCCACGCAACCGCAUGAUCAAAACAAAACAAAAUAUUUUUUUUUUAAAAAAGCUAUUUCUGAAAGGUUUCUAAUGGGGAAAAAGCGUUGAAUAAUACUUCGUUUUGAGUGCCAAAUUACUUGCGAGUCUAUACAGCAAUUCUACAUAUGAUACGAAUACCACUAGACCAAAAAUAGCUACGAAACAAUGUUUUUUAAUGUUUUUAAAAUAUACAUUGUCAACUGUAAAACAUUUGCAAAAUUGCAUACAAACGUUUAAAAAGUUAUUUACUUCUCAAGAAAACGUUCACGUUUUUAGUCGCGUUUCUACAAGAUUAGAGUGAUUAUAUGUAAACAGAAAAAUAUUUCAGUUUCAUAGCCUAAUUGUUCAUUUUUAGCAAAAAGUACAAAACCAAACAUGAAACAAAAAAACACGUCCACCUGUUAACAGGCUGUUACAGCUCAUAGAUUGAGUAAACGGCAGGAUUCAAUUAGCUUCAACCUUGUUUUCAUCGAUUUAAUCCUUCACAAUAAUCCUUGGCUGUCCGUAGCACUCAAAUAAAUCGAAAAGUUGACAAAAACAAAACAGUAAAAACAUUGCGGCUCGAUUUUGCUGAAUGAAAACUCGUUCUGCGCCCGCGUACAAUCUUUUACUAGUCAGCGACGCUUUUCAAUAGGGGAAUUUCUCUAGUUACACGAGGCUAUUUUCUAACUUUAUUUGCAUUUUACUCAUUAGUUUCGUCGGUGACCUAUCUUCAAAUUUUAACCACGAAUUUAUUUUGCGGUAAAUUUUAUAAAUUUCAAAUUUUAAAAAAAUUUGUAGUGUGGAAAUUUCGCAAUAAAUUUUUCGCUUUUAAAAAAAUCACACACUACAGAAUUUUUUUAAACUUUCACCACAGUUGCAGAGCAUCAUUCCUUAUUGAUAUAUGAAAUAAAAAAGAUAGGUCACCGACAUCGUUUUUGAGAUAGCGGCACAUUUAUGGGUUAAAUUGGAAGGCUUUAUGCUGUCGUCAUGUUGCCAUGGGAACACUGACAUCGUCGAAAUCUAGUUCGAAAUAUUCCUUAGGUGACCAAUAUUACCACCAAGUCGAAAAGAAUUCGCGUUCUGCACGAAUAAGCCUGUUUUACGGAAUUGUUGCUUAAACAAGAAUAACUGUAGGGAGCCACCUUAAAGGAGAAAAACAAGAACUUAUUUCAAUCUCUGUCUGAAGUAAGAGCUAAGGUUAUAGAACUUCAGGACGAAAAAUCGAAUCUCAUAACUGCCCUGAAGCUAAUUCAGCGAGAAUCAGUAUCACUAGCAGAAAAAAAAAAAAUUGAAGACCUGGAAUCUGAGAACAAGAAUCUAAGAGCUGCCGCAAGAACACUACAAGAAGACCUUGAUAAGAGCAAUAGAGAAAAGCGAGAAUUCACAAAAGCUAAAAAACGUAGCGAAAAUGUAUCCAUAACACCAAAUACGACUAUAUCAUAUGAGUCAAAGAACCAGUUCGAAGUUCUCAGCGUUAGUGACCACGAAGAAGAAGUAAACAAAUCUGCAUCAGAUCUGGAUCAAUCAGAGGCUAGACAUCAUAACACAGAUAUAUCAGCCAAACACGGAGAUAAGCCAAGUCAAAGCGGAGACAAACCAAACCAACGCCGAAGCGGGCAAAAUAGUCAAAAGAUCGAAAGACGCCAGCAAUCCAAAGCAGGGGCGGAUCUAGGAUUUUUCGUACCUCAGCCAAUUUUUUUGGUGGACGGGGCGUUAUUGGCGCUGGGCGUGGUCUCGACUGGGCGUAGUCGACUCCAGACGGGGGGGAGUGGGCGCUAAAUAAUUUUUAUGUUGAUAGUCCGCCACUGGAUUUUUAGAAUUUUCCGUACAUAAAAUGCGAUUUGGUCCCCCCCCCACACACCUAUUAACUUAAAUCCUAAUUAAUCAAAUUAGAAAACUUAUUUAGAUUAAAUUGAUAAACUCAAACGAACAUUUGAUUCUUAUCCACAGGCACAGAAAGAACAACUACAAAUGCACAAAGAUAUAUUGAUGAUAAUACUUUAAAACUCAGCAGCAAUUUAACAUGUUUUCCUGUGGAUUAAGAAUCGUCGUCAUAUUGGUACUCUACGCUUAUAAGUGUAUCAUUGUAAAACUUCUAAAAUCAUAUGGCAGCAAAUGCAUUAAGGAAAUAUACUGUUCUGUUACCAAAAACACAGAACUAUACAUAACAAGUAAUUGCCAGUAGCCUGAGCUCCAAAAGAAAACAACCAUAUAUUCAUUAACUAAGUCAAAAAUGUUAAGUCAAAUAUUAAUAAACUAAACUCUCCUACUAUUAAUAAAGUCUUACUGUGGUCUAUAUAUUGAACACAAAAUAUACUAUUAAUAAACUAGUAACAUCAGAAUGGCUACCAGUCAAAGAGCUUUUCAAGCUACCUACAAUUAAAUAUUUCACAUCAUCAUGUUACAUCAGACGUCGACCAAUGCGGUCUAACAAGCCAUGUCGAUAGGCUAUGGAUAAACAAUACACGUAUACGCGUUACGCGUACAUGUUGUGUGAUUAAUGCAUAAAUAUAAAGAAAUUUUAAAUAAAACUUCACUAACAUAAGAAUCAACAAAUGCUUACAAUGUAGACAUUGAAUAUUAACAUAUUUUAGCUUCUUGACGCGAGAAUUAUGCUAAUACAGCAAUACAGCAUAGCGAAUAUAUUAAAAUAUCAUAUGUCAGACAAUCAUUAACAACACCGAUGGCUUGCUACUCCGGUUUAUAAACCUUUAAUAUGAACUAAAGAUACAUCACUAUAAAACCAUAAAUUUAUCUACCUUAUUGCAGUACAAGCUUUGUCUUUCUCUAGCAGUAGCUCUCUGCGCCAAAAUUUCUAGCGAGGCUUCUGCUUGUGUUGUUGAUGGCGCCGUUCAGUAGCUUGUCAACAAAAUUCGUCCGUGAGGCAUCGAUAUUCUUUUCAAGCUCCGUAUACAAACGUUGUAUAGAGAUUCCAAAUUGUUUGCCGCAAUCGCAAACUGAACAUUGUCAAAAAAUGUUUCCAGAUAUCGCUGGUAGAAAUCGCUCGUAAUAGUAAACGUUCGAAAUAGUAAACACUCAGAGAUAAACACUAAUGCGGUGUUGACAAAUACCUCACGUUGCGAAUCCGUCGAAAAUAUAAACCAAUGACAGUGCAGAAUUUCUUUAAAUGGUUCAAUCAGAAGGCUCAUACUGAGCCCCUGAAUCUGCAAAUCCGUCAGGCCUCCCUACAGAUCCGUCGCAAAUGGCCGUAACCAUGGAAAUGAGCAUGUCAGCCAAUCAGAUAGCCGGAUUUGACCCCCGAAUCCGUCAACUUUCAUGCGUAAGACCGCUGUUCGUGACUGACUAACAUUACUUUGCCGAAGCUCUGCCGCAGCAUGAAACGUAUAACUGGACUACCGGUACGAUUCAACAUUUUAGUAACUCGAUCUACUGGCCACUAUAGAUAGCUGGAGUCAAAUUUUUUUAAGUAGGCUAUUUUUACUUCAGUCGCGCGACUGAUUUGACGACCCCUAGAUCCGCCCCUGAUCCAAAGGAAACAUACAAGAUCGUCAAUCAAAUUUGAACGAACGGAAAGAUAAAAGCGAACCCAAAGCGACAAAACAAAGGCAACCUAACAUUGUAAUCUUAGGGGAUUCAAUGUUAAAACAUUUUAAUCCCCGACGAAUUCAGCAAGGAAUUGACCAAAAGAUAUCAAUAAAAACCUUUCCUGGAGCUGGUGUUGACGAAAUGACCCACUAUGUUAAACCGAUGCUCCAAAAAAAACCAAAGCAUAUUAUCCUGCACAUAGGUACCAAUGACCUGCAAACGAAAUCGCCAGAUGCGUUAAUUAAAGCUGUAACAAAACUGGGAGAGGCUAUAACGCAAGAAAUAAGUGGUAUUGAACUUACGCUGUCGGAAGUCAUCACAAGAACCGACGAUUUGCAACUUGCUGAUAAGGUAAACAUUUACAAUAAUAAAUUAGACAAUCUAUGUACUGAACGCAAUUGGGGAUUUAUUACACAUAAAAGUAUCACUAAGACUCAUUUAAAUAGCUAUGGUUUGCACUUAAACCAAAGAGGAACAACUGCACUGGCAAGAAACAUAAAACAGUUUUUAAAAAAUCAAUCCUUAAAUUGAAAUCGAGCCGCGGUCAAGAAUACUGAUAGUAAUAAGCAUACUGAUCGAUUAAAGGGAUUCAAGAUCGCUCAUUUAAAUGUACGAAGCUUAAUCACGCAUAUCGAUGAACUAAAGCUGUAUCUUUAUAAACAACAAUUUGAAAUAAUUAGCGUUAACGAAACCAUGCUUGACCUGUCUGUCUCAAAUCAAGAGAUCAAAAUUAAUGGUUAUGAUAUUGUGAGAAAAGUAUGGUGGCCCAUAAGUGCCAUAAGAGUUUCCAGUACUUUUUUAAAGAUUCCUAGCUUUUUUUCACUCUAUUUAUCUAUUUUUUUAUUUCAAUCUCUUUACUUUACAUUAUAAUUAUAAAUCGUUUCAUUUUAUUCAGUAUAAGCAAAAUGAGUUUUAUUUUCCAAUAAAACGUUUCAAAAUUUUGAUUUGUUUUGUUUCAGUUUUGUUUUGUUUUGUUUUGUUUCAGUUUUGUUUGGUUUCAGUUUUGUUUUAUAUUGAAACAGUUCAGUUUUCAAAAAACUAAACCGAGUCCAUGGCCUAUGACUGCCAUAACCCACAAUCCCCUGCAAACAUACCAAAAAUAUAUUAUACUACAUGAAGUAUUUCGUGACACAGACUGUUCUGGUUCUGACCACUGAGGUUCUGACUCAGCAAAUUUGGAUGCGACAUAUUGAAAAACGUAGAUCACACGUGGGAGAUUCCGAUAUUUAAAAAAAACCCGUUUUGAAUGCUGCUCCCUCUGUGCCACAAAAAAUAAAUAUGUCGAAACGAAACUGCAAGGAGAAUUUCGCAAAAUUCAAAGAAAGAAUCUCUAAAAAGAGAAGAAAAGAAGACACAACUUCCAAAUCGGAUAUGGACUAUAUUACAGUUCAAAGACUCUCCUCGCAUGUCGAAGGAAGGUAUCAAAAAUAUGCAAGGAUUGGGCCUUUAGCAAGCGUUCCUCUCGGUCGAGAACCCACAAUCCAGAAUAUUAAAGAGGCUUGCAAGCGCUACUUCGACGUGGAAGAUGGAUCUCACUGUGAUAUACUAGCUGGGAAGAGAGGACCAUCUUGGACAGAAACGAGUCAGAUAAAUAACUGGAAGGUAAUCCAUAUCCGUUUCAUUGAGGGGAGUGAUGAGUACCAAUUGCGUGAUGAAAAGCCGGUAGAGAUCAGUUCCAGUCAACGGUGGAAAUCACAUGGGACCCCAUAGAAAACAACCCCUUCAAUGUCCACUAAAGUUGCAGCCUCUGUACCUCUGAGUGCUAUGCUUAAACUUGGCAAAAUAAUUCAACCUACUGAGGAAAUAGUUACAGUGCAGCUUGAAGAAUUCAAGAUAAAUGAAAAAGCAUGGGCUCAGCCGUUUGAAGCUACACUUUCUCUUUCCAAAGAAAAAUUUGCAAGUGGCAGCGUCAGAAAUGCAUACAUUGCCACCCCCCUGUCAGGCCUGAGUCCAGGAAAAUAUGUGUUAAAGAAGAUCAAAGAGGAAAAGGUUGAUGAAAUUGAGAAGCUGUUUAAGUCAAUUGAGGAGCACACAAGAAAAGCAGUGCAAAUCAAUGCACUAGUAAAAAUUUUGCUAUGACAUUAGCCAGUGACGCCCUGUUGAAUAUGGUCGUGUUCUAAGUUACACAAAGGUUUACUUUGGAAGGCUUUAUGGCGAGUUUGUAACAUUGGAAAACUAUCUAGAAGGAGAAUUCCAAAAGUAUGUGAACAAUACUGGGGAGGUUUAUGGAGAAAGUGAAGUAACCCAUAAGGCAGAAGCAUUCUGCCACUAUACUUAUGAAAGGUCAGAACACCAACUUAUGGUUGUAGACAUCCAGGGAGUAGAUCAUAAUCUUUUCGACCCAGAAGUUGCCAGUUCAACUCUUUUUGAUGCCAAUGACAAGACAAUAUUCUUUUGUUGUGGCAACCUUUCCACAGAUGCUAUUGAUAUGUUUAAGGCAGUACAUGUUUGCAACAAAUUUUGCCAUAUGCUUAAGCUUAAAGAAAUGUAG